AUGGAACCUCCAAAUUGUAAAACUUACUUUUCAUUUAGCAAUUACAAAAUCUGCAAUGGAAGGAUUUGAUAAUCUCUUAUUGACUUAAACCUAAUUUGUAACUUAAAAGAAAAAGGUGUUUAUGGAAGACAAUAUAAAAUAUGGAAAGGAAAUAGAUCGAGAUUAUAAUAAAUUAUAAGAUAUUCUUGAUGUAUAAGUAUAUGAUUGAAUAGAAAGAAUUUAUAAGGGAAAAUUGAUAAAAUUAUAAAAUCUUAAGAAGAUGACUUUAUGAUUGCAUAUAGAGAAUAAAUGACAGAGGUGUAAAAAGAAUUGAAGAACAUGAAGAGAAAAAUUGAUGAAGAGGCUUUGAGAUAAAAAGCAGAUGAGAAAAAGAGAAUUCUAGAAGAAGAAAGAGAUUAUUUUAAAUAAGAAGCAUUAAGAUUAGAUAAAUUAUGUUAAGAAUAAUUGAGAACUAUAGAAGAACUAAAAUUUAAAUUAAAAAUUACAUUAGAAGAAAAAUAAUAUUAUGAAGGCUUUGUAAUUGGUAUUAGCUAUUAUAAUAUUAAAUAUUUAAUUAGAUUCUAAAAAAGAGAAUAAAGCUUUAAAAUAUGAAUUAUUAUAUUUAUAUAAACAAAAGAGUGAGGAAUAAAAGGCAAUUACAAGAUUAGGUUCAAAUGGAAAUGUUGGUUAAAGAUAUAAAGUUAAAAAGAUGCUAGAUUUAAGACCUAUGACUUAAGAUGGUACUCAUGUGAGUUCAACAAAGGAUGAAAUUGGUGAAGGAUCAAAACGAGGUUUUUCAUCAAUCAAAUAAACCUAGAAAACAUAAUUGUCAAAUAAAUUUUAAGAUUAAGGUUCUUCAUUACAUGAUUUUUAUAAAAGAGAAUUAUCUUCUUAAUAAUAAAGUAGAUAAAAUCCAGAUAUGGAAUAAGUAAAAAUUGUAUUAGAUUAGAUUGAAGAAAUUUCUAAAAGAGAUAUUAUUUCAGAUUUAAAGUAACAAUUAUAAAAAGAAAAAUAAUUGAAUUAGCAAUUAAAAGUAGAAUUAUCAUAAUAAAAUUGUUAAAGAGGAGAACUUGAAUAAAUUUUAUUAGAAUGUGUUGUAGAAACAAAAAAAGAAAUUCAUUCUCGUUAAUGUUUGCAAAAAUAAGUUUUGAAUCAUAGAUAUUUGGAUCUAAAUCAUCGUGAAGGAGAUAUAAAUUAUUAACAAUUCACACAUACAGAUAAAAUGUAUUUACAAAUUUAAAAAUUAGAACAUUAUUAAAAAAAUAUAUAGAAAGUGAAGAAUUCUUAGAUUAAUUAUAUUAAAUCACUUUUAAUAGUUAAUUGUAAAUCUCUUCAUCACUUAAAUUAAAUGAAAAAUGGAAGAUAGAUGCAGAUGAAGCAACUAAAAAAUUCAAUAAUUUUAAAACAUUUAAAUUUAAACAUAUUACCAGUUAACGUAAUCUAUAUAUUUUUAUAAUAGCUAUUAUAAAAACACUUGUUAAGAAAAAUGAAAGAGAAAUUAAUUCAAAAUCAAAUAAUUUUACAGAUAAAAAUAACAUAAUUAAAAAUUGA